AUGGGAACGAAUAGAGUUGUGCCUAAUAAUCAUCAUCAUAAUGAAGAACCAGCACUUCAAUCUAAAAUGUCUUCAAAACCAAAUCAACAACAACAAGAAACAGAGAGUUUUGAUAUAAAGAAGAGAGAUGAUUUGGAUUCAGUGGAUGGAUCCAUCAGUGAACCCUUAGUAGCAAAAAAGCGAAAUCCAAUAUUGGGUUGCUUACUUUCAAUCCGUUUGUUCUUAAUUCUGGUCAUUACAGGUCUGAUUCUGUUAACUGUCUUUUCAAUUUGGAUAACUGCUUUUGAAAUGAAUCAAGUUGCUUCAAUUGAUAACUCGAAAACUACAAUGAAAAUCAUGUAUGAAAAAGUGUCGAAUUUCCUCAUGUCUCAAUUAUUGCCUGCAAAGAGUAUGGCAGAUACAGUUGCUCAAGAUUAUCACAUGUUUACGAUAACACCUGGUUUCUUAGCAAUGAAGAAUUAUCUAUUCACGAAAAUGAUUAACUUUCCAAUAACAGGUGCCAAUUUAUGUUUUGGAGAAAAUAAUAUGAGUGUCAUUCAUGCUUACAAUUUGAAUCAGUUUCCAACUGAGCAGUUAUUCUUUGCUUGGCAAGAUACAGCUGCAAACAGAUUUUGCAUGUACAGCGUUAAUCACACAGAUGCAAACAUAAUGACCAUUGCAAGGAAUAUUACCUAUGUGGUCGCUAAAACAGAUUGGUAUAUGGCUUCUGUGGAAAUGCUCAAAACUAAUCCAAAUGGUGGUUAUGGUCCCGUCUAUAAAGUGUUGAAUGGUGGAUUGGCCAUGUAUUGGAGUUCGCCCGUAUAUGAUAGAGAAUUACUGAAAGCAAAUAUCAAGCAAAGAGUUGGUAUUGUAAAGAUCAACUUGAAUUUGCUCAAGAUUUCACAGUACCUUCUUUCAACCAAGUUGCUUAAUACUGGUUUCCUGGUGGUUACUGAACUGGGUCCUGAUGCCUACGUCAUGGGUGCUUCUUUCUCAAUUAAAAAUCUGGAUUCUGAGAGAAUUCCAGUUAGAAAUGUUCAAGAAAGAGGUAUUGGAAGCUUGAUGAAAGCAUUCUUGGAUAUGAAAGUAGAAGAAGGAAAUGUUGUUACAGUUGACAAGUAUUUGGUUUCUUCGUAUCAAUUCUCAUAUGCAAAUAUUGUUUGGCAAAUUACAAUGUUUGUAGAAGAAACAGAAGUUAAGGCAAGUGCCAUUCUUAGUAGUUACGUUAUUCUUGGUGUUACAUUAUUCUUUGCCAUUUUUGGUGUUGUUUUAAGUAUCGUUAUUGGUACAGUCGUUACAAAACCAUUUAAGAAUCUUGAAAGUGAUUUCCAGAAAAUUGAAAUCAUGGACCUUAUGAGCAUUGAGCAGCAUAGAUCAUUAUUUACUGAAGUUAGCAAUAUUUAUGGAAGUUUAACAGAAACUGUUGGUCAAUUGAAAGAAUUUAGAGCGUUCCUUCCAGAAUCAGUUUUGAACCAAUUCGAAUAUUUGAAGAAUGAUAACAAUAAUCUUGCAAAUAAGGAUUCUUCUAAGAAUGCUGGGAAUCCAAACGAAUUGAGUAAUGGAUUCAGUUUUAGAGAAGGAGAUGCAAAGCCAUCGUUUACAACCAUGUCUGAAAAUGGACAUAACGGAAGUGGCCACUCAAAGUUUUCUGAACACAGAGGAAAGGCAAAUUCAAGCAUGUUCAAAUUAGGACUUUCUUACAAGGAUUUGUGUAUUGUUUAUGUGAAAAUUCCAGGAUUAGAUGAUAGGCACUAUUCAAAUUAUCAUGAAUUGUCUCAUGUUGUUUGUAGAUUGAUUUCAGGAGUAUCGUCUAUUUGUAAAUCCAUGAAAGCAGAUUUAGAAAUCAAGUCCCAUGAUGAAUUUAUGAUUAAGAUUGAUAGAUUUAGUUCUUCUUGUGCUGAUAUUGCCCUCAAGAUUAGUACUGCUUUAACCUCAAAUAAUGAAACUUUCAAGAGGGAUGGUCAACCUUCUAUUAAGGUUCAUAUUGGUGUUGCUUCUGGUAACAUGUUGAGUGGUAAUGUUGGUAACAAGACACUUAGAUACAGUGCCCAUAUUGGUUCAGUUAUAGAUAGAGCCAUUCAUUUGUGUAAUUUGAAUGCAUUUAUUGGAACCAGUGUUCUUAUUGAUGAAGAAACUCAUUAUUUGUGUGGUGCUCAAUUUGUUGACAGACCUGUUGACAGAUAUGCCAACCCAAAGAAUGGAGAAAAGAAUGUAGAGAAUGUUUAUGAAUUAUUGAGAAAUAGUAGUGUUGAAAACGAUGAAUGGAUGUAUGAAUUGCAGCAAAAGAAGGAGAAUGAAAAUUGCCUAUUUUGCAGAGAUGAGAAACCACAAUCCAAGAGACCUGGUACUGCCAAAGUUGGAAAGAUUUAUAAGAACAGCUAUGGAAGACUCUGA